AUGGCCGCCGUCGAUUGCAUGUCCAUGGCCUCCAUGGCCUCGUGCCAUCACCCCCAUCAUCCCUUCAACAACCCAGACCGCCGCCUGAGCUACUCCAGCUUUGGCAGCAACAACCCCUACGCCCGAUACAUGUCCCCUUCACCAUCGCGGCACCGUCGGUUCCGCUCGGAUUCGGUGCCCUCGAUCUUGUAUUCCGGCACUCCCGAGCACCACCCUGUGGAUUCCCGACGGCACCGCGACUGCUCCACCCCCCGACGCCGCGCGAGCGCCCGCCAGCCGCGGUACUCGCGGCUGGUGCAGCCGGAUAUCAUCGACGAGCUGGAUAACGUGAGCCUCUACUCGUAUCACCACGAAGGCCCAUAUGAUGCAGUAUACCCGGAACGAAACAGAGACAUCGCCUACAGUCCCCUGGAAGCCGUCAAGGAAUCCAACGCCGAGGCCCUGAAGGCCACGCCCCGCGACAAGGUCGUCGACUGCAUUAACAGCCACCGACCCCUGGACGGCACGGCGUUCUAUCCGCCCGGCACGACGGAUCGCAACGGCCAGACCUAUGAGUAUGAAGAAGGCGCCAAUAUGAUGAACGACCUGAGCAACUUCUUUCGCAUUCCGGGACUGCGUUUCACCGACAAGGACUUUGAGAAGGAUCCCUUCUAUACCCGGCCCCUCUCGAAUCCGUUUACGCAACUGCGCAAGAAGUUGAGUCUUCGACGCAAGCGACGCAGUAACACGACUUGA